AUGGCGGUUCGAGCGCAGUUUGAAAAUUCCAACGAAGUGGGUGUCUUUGCGACUCUUACAAAUUCGUAUGCGUUGGUAGCACUUGGUGCCAGCGAGAACUUCUACAGCGUCUUUGAGGCAGAACUCCAAGACGUCAUCCCCACAGUCCGCACAACCAUCGCCGGCACUCGCAUCAUUGGCCGCCUCACAGCUGGAAACCGCAAGGGUCUCCUUGUCCCCACCUCAACCACAGACCAAGAGCUGCAGCACUUGAGAAACUCGCUACCGGAUAGCGUCCGUAUUCAGCGCAUCGAGGAGCGCCUCUCAGCACUUGGCAACGUCAUUGUUGCCAACGAUCACAUAGCCCUCAUCCACCCAGAUCUCGAACGCGAGACUGAAGAGAUCAUCGCAGAUGUUCUGGGCGUCGAGGUCUUCCGCCAGACGGUAGCUGACAAUGUCUUGGUCGGCAGUUACAUGAGCCUAUCGAACCAGGGCGGGCUGGUCCACCCCAAGACCAGCAUCCAAGAUCAGGACGAGCUGUCAAGUCUGCUGCAAGUGCCCCUGGUCGCAGGAUCGGUAAACCGCGGCAGCAACGUUGUUGGCGCCGGCAUGGUCGUCAACGACUGGCUUGCCGUCACUGGUCUUGACACCACCGCAACCGAGCUCAGCGUCAUUGAGAGUGUCUUCCGCCUCGGCGAGGGACUCGGACCCAGCAACAUCAACACCAACAUGAAGGAUACGAUAGUGGAGAGCUUCUACUAA